GGAUGAGGUUUGACCUAUUCCAUUAUCCAUUCAUCUACAAAGUAGUUCAAUAUACCUAAAUAUACAUAAAGACAAAUCUAAAGGCAAUCUGCUUUCAAAAUAGGACAGAGGCUUAUGGGGAGUGUCUCCAGGAGACCAAGAUGUGAACCCCCAGUCAGUAUAUGGGAUACCAUUUUAGAAUCUAUGAUAAGAUGUCAUUCAAUUGAGCUAUAAUGCACACUUAAACUCAUGGCAUUAUAAACCCAUAUGUUUCUUAGUUACAAUGUAGUAUCUGUUCAUACAUACUUUCUCAACUCAUUUGAAUAGUCACAGCUAUGUCGCUCGACCACAAGGCCUUUGGCAUAAUUACAAAUUUUUGAGAUAUGAAUCAUUAUCUUGAAAGCUUAAUGGAGCAAGUAAACAUGCAACAACUCUCCCUAUAAUCAUUCUCAAAACCAAAAUAACCAAAGCUUUCUCAAAACCACUCCAUCAUUUGUUCCCUUCUAUACUAACAACAAUAUCAGUAUAUAUAUUCCAACUCCUUAAUGGAUCUUCCGUAACAAAGCAGCCUAGCUUCCUUCUAUCUCCAAGAACACCUCUUCAGAUCAAUCUGAUAUCCCUUCUCUUACCGAAAACCUAGCUAGCUCCCAUGGAUUCAGGGAAAAGCAAUGGCGAAACAGCAAUCCUUAUGCCAGAGUCCAACAAGUCGAGCAAGGGUAAAGCCACCAUCAUUGCCACCACAAAAGCUGUUCCUCUCCAGCAGCAAGGGGGAGGGGGAGGGAGAAGAGGCUUUGCGAUUUUCGACUUCAUUUUAAGGCUGUGCGCACUGGUAACUACCUUAGCUGCAGCAGCUACCAUGGCAACUACUGAUCAAAGUCUCCCUUUCUUCAACCAGUUCAUCCAGUUCCAAGCAAGCUAUGACGAUUUCCCCACUUUCUCGUAUUUUGUGAUUGCAAACGCCAUAGCUAGCGGAUACCUUGUUCUCUCAUUGCCGUUCUCCAUUAUCUGCAUCGUUCGACCAGUUGCAGUCGGAGCAAGACUUCUCCUCCUCAUACUCGACACCGUGAUGACGGGUUUCACAACAGCGGCCGCUGCUGCUGCCGCCUCCAUAUCGUACUUGGCGCACACCGGCAAUUCCACGGCGAACUGGUUUGCCGUUUGCUCGCAGUUCACCGACUUCUGCCAGCGAGUUAGCGGGGCGGUGGUGGCGUCGUUAAUUGCAGCGGUCAUCUUCAUCUUCCUCGUCAUUCUUUCCGGCAUCUCUCUCACAAGGCAGCAGCGCCACUAAGGCACAAAUGGAUUUCAAGAUUGAUAAUUUCCUUUGUUUAAAAAACCCUAAAUUAUUGGCCUUUCAAUUCUGGGAAAUUUCUUUACUUUGUUUUCUUGUGUUCAUCUCAUAUAUUCUUAAUGAAAGUUAAUUUUCCGUCCAGACAAUGUUCAUCAAAGCUGCAAGUCAUGUAAAUAGAAACCAUGAAUUAUAUUCAUCACAACAAUGGCUCUGCUUCAUUUGGAGAGAUCUAUUGUCAUAAUGAAUAUCAUUCACAAUUGGGAUGAACAUUUAUACUAUGUUUUCUUGUAUUCA